AUGACAGGCUGCGGGAGACGAGGGACCGCAUCCUUCAGGAGCUCUGGGUCCCAUCCUCAGAAGGUGUACCACAGCAACCGGAGCAGGAGGAAACACGUAGGACAGAUGCAUUUGCUGGAAGGACCCAUCCCAGAAACCACUGUCCAGGUGCUUGAGGCCAUGCUCAAAUUUCCACCAAGCACUAGUUUGCCGAAUUACUCCCUUACAAUGGCAGAGAGGUCACAUGGAUCCAGCAACUCCCCGGGAGGCCAAGAAAAGAGCAGGAGAGAGAUCCUGAGGUCCACCAAGAGGGCAUGGGCUCGCCUAGAUCAGCAGCUGCCACCUGGCUCUGAGGAGGAAAGCCAGGGUCUCACCAUCCCCCUGCUGGAAGAUACCAAACAAGCAAGUAUUCAGCAGUGGCUGGACUCUGGAUUCUUGGUCUCUGUAAAUGAAAACUUUCAGCAAGACAUCGACCACACUGUUUCUGUGCGUGAACAAGGGAUGGUGUGCAUGACCGUGACGGACUACAUGAGGUAGGUGUCAGUGUCACUCUGCUCCAACUCUCUGCAUCCGUUUUCAGAAACUCCCCUUUCUAGAGGGACCAGUUUCAACUCUUGCCAUUCUACUGCAAGUAUACCACAAAGCAUUCCUGAAUGGCUGGAAUUUUGGGAAAAAGAUCCAGUGGAGAUUCUCUUGGAUCUGGGGUUUGGUGCAGAUGAGCCAGACAUCUGCACUCAAAUCCCAGCCAGAUUUCUGGAUUGUGGCUCAGCAGCCAGAGGAAUCAACCAGGUUUUUCUUGAAGCUCAGAAGCAGCGAAUGGACAUUGAGAACCCGGACUUGUGCGGUCGUUUCCGACAACUAGACAUCCUGGACCAUGUAGCCAAUGCCUUCUCAUCUUUGCUGAAUGAUGUUAACAUCCUGCAGAAUAAAGCUGAAGAGAAAUAUGGAGGGGGAAAUGUGCAAGGAACCUCAGUGAGUGAGGCCCAAGAACAUCGAAGAAGAAUGGGUGGACUUUUUAGGAGAGCUUCAAAGCAGAGUAUUGCAAAGGACUGCAGCUCAGAAGUGUCAGAGUCAUUGAAGAUAAGGGGCAAAUUUUCCAUUGCCUCUGCAAAAUCAGGAGAAUAUGGAGCAGAAUUAGCAGCUGUGACAAACAACCAUGACCAAAGUCAUUUGUGUCCUUCAGCAGAACACUCGUCUCUCCAAGCCUGUGAUGACUUGGUACCUUGUCAUUCUCCCCAAGCUCUUCUGGGCAAGCAAUGGCCUCACCCAUCCACGCUGGCCAAGAGGGCUCCUCCUUCCUAUAUGUCUGAGCGGUCAGUCAAGGACAGAACUCAGAAGGUGAACUCGAUCCAAGCUAACAAGCUCAAGAACUUCUCUCGUCUUGCAGGCAAAGUACCAGACUCCUUUGAAAUGGAAGAGGUCCAGAGCUUUGAGGAAGAGACGGGUAAUCCUCUUGACAUGACUUCAGGAAUUGCAGGUGCCACAGUGAACAGAGAAAACAGCUGCCAGUCUGACAGCAGCGGGUUCCUGGAUGAACCACCAGAACCACUGCCCCUGCAGAUGCCUUCCUUGCCAAGCAGCCAGAGUCCUGCUGAGGAUGGAUAUAGACAGCCGAGGGAUCAGAGCCAGCAUGCAGUCUCACCCCAGGGCUGCCAACCAGAGUCAGAUGAGUCUGAUUACAAGGGUAUGGUGAGCACAUCCUUUCCAUAUCAAGGCUGGAGUCUCUUGGAAGAAAAGGCCUCGAUACAAAUGGCGGAGAAAGAGUCUCAGUUUGAGGAUAUGGAGGAGCCACCACAGCCACUGACUCCGGACAGUGCCCUUCACAGGACCACCAGAGGGGGAGAGCCCUUGGGGAAAGAGAGCCACGUGAGGCAGCCCCCACCCAUGCCCCCAACUGAAUGUGAGACUGUGGUGGGCACAGUCACCUCCACACGUGAUUGUCCUCUGGGGUUUAUGGCGACAAAAAUGAAGGAUGGGUUUUUCAUCACAAAAAUGAAGGAUGGGUUGCUGAAGCCUGAGGGGCCUGGGGAAACACAUGUGCAAAGCCACUGCUGCGAGUUCCAAAGAUCACCUGGAAUGGAACCUGCCCACAACAAGUUCCUCCAUGUUGACUCUGAGGCCCCAACCGAAGAAGAAGGCAGUAAAACUUAUUCUGACACCAACAGUAUCUUACCGAUGGGAGAAAGUCCACCACAGCACGUCCCCAAGCCCAGUAACAUCGUGCCCUAUACAGUUGACCUCAUUCAAAUAUCCGAAAAGUCCAUUCCCCACCUAGGCAAACUGGCUGGAGAUACUCCCCAAGCAAAGCCAACAUUUAGUGCUUUGGGUCAAAUACCACCUAGGGCAGAAUCUGAGAUGGAAGACCUUCCUCCAAAUGCUGACUCAAACACUGUUAGCUCCAAGGCUGUGACGGUCCAGAUGUCCUCCAAUCUGGCAUCGGCUGCUCAGAAUGCUGUGGCUCUGGGGACUGAUUCUAAAGGAACAACUUUAGAAUGCACUCUGUGUGACCCUGUCCCCACAACAGAACCAGGACUGGAGACAGAAUCAAGACAGUGCAGUGAUGUUUCCAUUCAGACCUAUAUACGUGAGCCUAGGCCCUGGCAUUGCUGUUCGGCCCCAAGUCUCACCAAAUCUGCCUCUCUAGACACAGGCUUCCCUCGUAUCUACCCAGCGGGCAUCAGCCAUGCCGUACCCGCUCACUGCUGUGUCUGCUGUCAUCACUGUUCCUACUGCCACUCAGAGAGGCAGAGCCCCAACCCUGCGCCCUCAGCCUGUAGGCACUGCCCAUGCUUCCAUAAUCAUCUGGAGGCCCAGUUCAUGAAGACUUUGAACGUCUUUCAGGACACUACAGUGAGGGAGUUGUGUUCUUGCACAGUCAAGGAGAUGGAAGCCAUGAAGACGGUGUGCCAGUGUUUCCGGGAGCAUUUAGAGGAAAUUGAACGGCACCUUACAAGACAGCAGGCACUCUUUUACAGGGACAUGUCAGAGGAGGAAAGGGAAGAGGCAGAGCAACUGCAGACUCUACGCCAGGCCCUGCGGCAGCAGGUGGAGGAGCUGGAGUUUCAGUUAGGAGACCGGGCUCGGCAAAUCAAAGACGAGAUUCUAUUGCAGUUUGAGCUUCUCACAGAGGAACAAUGGAAACACUAUACAAAUCUGCAUCACUGUAACUGGACAGAAGAAAACGAUGGCGAGACUUCGUGUGCUAAAAUCCACUCAGCCAUGGCCUCCCGGGUUGCCUUUCUUCUGGACGAAUACCAGCAGGUUCCCGGCUCAAGCGUGACCCAUACGGCUACCUGUUUUCCACCCACCUGGAAGAGCAACACCAGGAUGUCUCCUCUAGCUCAGGCUGAGUCAGGUCCAGUCCCUUUGUCAAAUUGUCCUAUUGGAGGAAAGGAUACAAAUGACUUCCUCUAGAUCAGAGCCGUUUUGAUGACCUUCCUGCAAAACAUAAGAGCACAUUCUCACCAGACAAGGAAAUCUAAAUUUCCCCCCAAAAGGUGUCUAUCA